UUCGCAAAAUUUGAUCCUUCGAGACCUGUACACAACCUUACCACAAUUCUCAUAUUCCGCCUCUAAAGAAGCAAACUUAACAACUGUCUUGCAACUUUAUGUUUGCCAACAUAUACGAUCUGACAACGCGCUAAGCAAAAGAGGACGGUCAAUUCUAGUCGCCCGUCAAAUUCAAAAACCAAGGUAAAGUACAAGACAAGAUGUCGUCACACAUGCCGAACCCUCUUCCACCGGAUCAGAAUCGUGGUCCUCAAAUGAUGGGCAUGUUCUGGACGAUGGUGGCCAUAUCUACCAUGAUGGUCGCUUUACGGUUUUAUGCCCGUUUUCGUAUCAAAAGCAUCGGAUGGGACGACUGGGCAAUGCUUAUGGCACAGCUCUUAUUCGUACUCGGGAAUUCUUUUGCUACCUAUUGGGUGCACAACGGUGGAGGUCGCCACGUCUGGUAUCUUUCAGAAAACCAAACCCUUCUAGCGGGGAAAUGGGCGUACAUCUCACAAGUCCCUAUCAUCCUGACAUACGCCUUCGGCAAAACAUCAAUAGCACUCUUGACGCUACGAUUCAUUGGUAGCAUUUCUAUGUGGCGGAAGUCACUGCUCUCCUUCAUUAUAGGAGCUGAGUUUGUUGUGAAUAUUCUGACCUUCAUUCUCAUUUUUCUCCAAUGCACACCGUCUCAUGCGCUUUGGACAAAGGUUGAAGGCGCGUCAUGUUGGCCCUCAUACAUUGUCAGAAAUUGUAACCACUUCUCCCGCGCCUGGAACUUUUUUGUUGAUAUUCUUCUGGCAAUUUUACCCGUCAGCUUCGUCUAUAAGCUCAAUUUGAGGCUACAUAAAAAGAUCGCUUUGGCCGGUUUAUUGAGCCUGGGUUUGGUUGCUGCACUUUGUGGUGGGAUCAAAUGGCAAUAUGAGAACGAUCUGACUGACCCCUCUGAUUUCACUUGGAAUGGCUACAAUAUCAUGAUGUGGAGUGAAGCGGAAGCAUUCAUAUUGAUAUCUGCUGGCUGCGUACCUACGCUCUUACCACUCUGGGAACGCUACGUCACUCACACACGGGAUACUUCCUAUGGGCACACACCGCUCAAAGAUAUACAAGGCCCUGGAAAGCCUAAAAGGCCACCGGUCUCAGCGCUGUACACUGCUUAUGGUCAUAGUGGCGACGCUCUCAACUUGACAACGAUCAAUUCUGGAAGCAACGCCGACAUAGAGUUGAUGCCUCGAAUGCCAGAGGGAAUACUCAUCAAGAGCAGUUACGGAGUUGACCACAGGCCCAAUGAGUUCGCUUAAAACUGGGCCUGUUUCAGAGUGUCGGGGCUCAGAGGCAGAGGACAGGAGGACCAAUGUCUGCGGCGUGGAUAAAAUCGUCAGUUGAGUUGUAAUCUCGGAUCUGCCAUUCUGUGAACGCGAAACUUUUAAGGAGCAAGAUACUGGUAACCUUUUGUUGGGGCAUAAUCGCUUAAAAUAAAGGGAAGGGGGGAGGCUUAAUAGAAUGAAUUGGC